AGCAUAAACCCAGAACUGAAAUUCGUAAUCAUGUCCGAGUUUCUGAUCGCAAAUGGACCCUGAAACACCACAAAAUCUCUCCAAUAACUUAAAGAAACUAGCCGGAAACUACCUGUUGAAAUCGAAGCUUGGGGAAAGUCCUUUCUCCACAGUGUGGAAGGCGGAACACGUGUCAUCGGGAGAUGUAGUUGCCGUGAAGCAAGUUUACCUCCACAAACUUAACAAACACCUGAGGAGUUGCUUGGACUGUGAGCUUAAUUUUCUAUCUUCUGUGAAUCACCCCAACAUAAUUCGCCUCUUUCACGUGUUCCAGGCUGAAGAUUGUAUAUUUCUUGUUAUUGAGUUUUGUGCUGGAGGAAAUCUUGCUUCUUAUAUUCGGCAGCAUGGGAAAGUUCCGGAGCUGACUGCCAGAAAAUUCAUGCAGCAGCUUGGAGCUGGUUUGGAAAUUUUACACACUCACCACAUUAUUCACAGGGACUUGAAACCAGAGAACAUUCUACUAUCUGAUGUAGAGGGCGUUGUGGUGCUCAAGAUAGCCGAUUUUGGUCUUUCAAGUAUUCUCCGUCCGGGCAAGUGUGCUGAGAAAGUAUGUGGAACCCUGUUAUACAUGGCUCCUGAAGUUCUGCAAUUUCAGAGAUAUGAUGAAAAGGUAGACAUGUGGAGUGUUGGUGCAAUUCUUUUUGAGCUUCUUAAUGGUUACCCACCUUUUUGUGGUAGGAACAAUGUCCAGUUGCUGCAGAACAUCAAGUCAUCUACACAUCUUCCAUUCUUGCAGCUUAUUCUACCCUGGUUGCAUCCAGACUGCCUUGAUAUGUGUUUAAAACUACUUUCUACAAAUCCAGUGGAUCGUUUGUCCUUCAGUGAAUUCUAUCAGCAUAGAUUCCUGAGAAGAAAAGAGUGGGAAACUAACACCAACUUUUGAUAUUCCAUGCGCAAUGCUUCCCUUGUAUAUUAAAUCAAGCAUCAUCCAUUCCAUCUAUCCAAAGUCAUGAUGAUUUCUUUGAUGUCUUGUCCACUUCUCUGAUAAUGCUAGCACUCUAAUAUUACACAGUAAAUUUGCGACAUUGACAUUAAUCCAGGUUUUUGUUGGUGUUCCUUUCGGGAAAUAGUCAUAAUUUUCUUUUGUCUUCUACUGUUACACAAUCUAGGUAUCUGAAGUGGAAUUCAGUUACUAAUUCCUGAUCGAUGUAGCAUAUUAAGAAACGAGGUUAUAAACAUGUAAUGGCUUCUAAUUGUAUCUUCGAUAUCACCAUUUAAAGAAGCAAUUGAGCAUUGCUGCUAUUUUGAGAUCUUGGCUUUGUAAGAGAUUACAGGCUACUUAUUAGAUCUUGUAUCAUUACAUUGUACAAGUAAUCUAUUCAAUUAAUUUAUAAAAUUUCUCUGAGAUGA